GUGCACGUGUUUCUCCGUGAUUGUAAUCAAAAUAUAACCUGGUGAACGAGACGCGUUCAAAUAGUAUAAAUAUUGGCUAUUACUGUGGAAAAGAGAACUUUUACAAAGAUAUAAUAAACAAAUAAGGUGUUUUUAUACAAGAAUGAAGCAGUUGUCAGAAGAGAGAACAAAACUCGUAUUCGAGAAACUAACAAAAUACAUUGGUAGCAAUGUAAAGCAUUUGAUAGAUCGUCCAGACGGUAUAUAUUGUUUCCGAGAGAAAAAGGACAGAGUAUAUUAUGUAUCACAAAGGAUUUUAUCAUUAUCGAAUAGUGUGGCACCUGAUAACUUGUUAAGUUUAGGUACUUGUUUUGGAAAAUUCACAAAAUCAGGAAAGUUUAAACUGCAUAUUACUGCAUUACAUUAUAUGGCGCCUUAUGCACAACACAAAAUUUGGGUAAAAUCAUCAGCAGAACAACAAUUUCUGUAUGGACAUCAUAUUACAAAGUCAGGUCUCGGACGCAUAACAGAAGGUACCUCUCAAUAUCAAGGUGUUAUUGUGCUUUCCAUGAAUGACUUGCCACUGGGAUUUGGCGUUGCUGCAAAAAGUACAACUGAUUGCAAACAUGCGGAUCCUAUGGCAACAAUUUGCUUUCACCAAGCAGACAUUGGAGAAUAUAUUCGUUCAGAAGACACAUUAUUAUAAUAAAUUUAUGUUGAAUUAAACACAUGCAUUUGUCUCAUUUAUAUAGUAAACUUAACUUUUUUCAAAUACUUUGUAAUAUAUAAAUUUAUAUAUAAAUGCAAUGUUAUUUAA